AUGGCACUCGCAUACGUCGAAGUAUUCGAAGACGCAGUCCCCCUGGUUCGUAGCUGUCCAGCCCUCAACGAGAUUCGCACUUCGGGAGAAUUGAAUGAGCUCGUCAUAGAGGUAGCUGUCUUUUCUGUUACCGUUCUUUACACGGCAAUUUGUUCAUGCUUGUUAGGUGAAGGACGGCGCUAUUCUCAAUGCCCAUCGAAUAAUACUAGCGGCUCGAAUUCCGUCAUUGCGAGCUGCUCUCAGUGGCGCCCUCGGGAAGGAUAAUUCGGUCCUAAAAUGGCCGACGGUGCCUCUAAAGUAAAAUAAUCCGCCUUUCUCUGAUUUUGCUUUUGCACUUUCUAGCCUCGCAAAUUCACUCCUCCAGUAUGUGUACACCGGGCAGUUGGAGGUGACCCAAACGAAUGCGAUGGCCAUAGUGAUGUUUGCCAAAAUGAUGAAACUGUCUGAUCUGGAGAAUUGGGGAGUGCAAUUCAUGGCCAAUAGGUAAGCAAGUGCCGGUUCUUUCUGUCUAACUGUCGGCUGUAAAGAGUGAAUUUAGAAAAUCUGGCAACCACAUGGGACUUUGCUAGAUCUUCGAAUAUGGGAUCACUGAUGGAGACUUGCAUCAAUCUGAUGCAAGCACAGUUCAUGAGUUUCGUCUCUUCUGACCUAUUUGUUCGCCUGCCAGCUGACACUGUGCUGACUUUGUUGCAAAACGACAACCUGUCAGUGGACUCUGAAGAGGACGUAUUUGAGGCGAUUUCAAGCUGGGUGGGUGCCGGCGUUAAAGAGUGCGAUAAUGAGAGACUGAGAUUGCACGCCCCCGAGAUGUUAAAGGAGGUUCGUUGGUGUCAGACGACUCUCCAAUUUCGCAAUCGCCUUGUCGAUAGUCAUCCGAUUUUCCAGGAUAGCAACAGCUGCCUGUAAGUAUAUGCUGUUCCAGUUCGUUAUUUAUUUUCUAAUGAAAGUCGCCUUAUGGCUCUGGUGGAGCAGUGGAUUAGCAACGCAGACAAGGACAAGCCUCCGUGUCCCUUCAACCGACGUCGGAGACCGCCUCAGACGAUCUUCGUAUUUGGAAAGGACAAAAAUCAGGACAGGUGGUCUGUCCUGCGUUUCAAUCCGCAGCUUGAAAAGGAACAGCGGAUUUCCGACAUGGAGAGGCGUGAAUACGCCACCUACAGUCUCGUGGGCGGUGAGUUGCCUGACAGUUACGCACCACCUCCUCUGCGCACCUGCCUUGUUUUCCUCUUUGUCUAAUUUCGCCAGUUGGUGUCUCUUUUUGCCAGAAUUAUAACAAACACACACACACAGUUCUGCCAGUAAAGCUGCCAUCGCCACACAAUGCAAAGGAUUGCAGUAGUAGUAGCAGUAAUUGAGGGGUUUUGAGGUCUUGGAGUUGUCCAUUCGUCUGGCCUGUACCGACGCGUUUGCUGUUUUCCGUCUUCAAUUUACCCAACCGUGUCUCCACCUGCGUGUUUUGUGUCCGUCACUGGGGGCCACUCAACUGGGAGAUUUGUCCGCCCACGUCUUUUUGUCAGACGAUGAUAUUCUCCCUCUUUCUGUCAACUGCACGCCUUUUUUAUUUUAUCUUUCCUAUCUUCUUUUAUCUUUCCACUUUAUCUUUCUUCCGCGCAAUUUUAUGAAAGUUUUUUCCAUCCCACCUCACCCCCACUGAAGAGAGCAUUUUCUUGGUUGGUGGAAGCACUGCGCAGGAAGGGAGCUAUUCCAGGAGUGUCGAGGAGUUUCUGGUGGCAGAACGGCGCUGGCGCAAACGGGCGUCCCUCGCCGUUGGACGCAACGGGCACGCAGCCGCAGUUCUGACGGAAGCCGGAGGGGAGGCGCUGAUCGGCGUUUUCGGUGGAUGGGGUAACGAUGGACGCCUUUCCUCUUGUGAAGUCUAUGAAGUCAAUCGGGACAGGUGAGAGCACACUCGUCCUGGCGCCUCCUUCUUUUUUCUUGCAAAAUCUUCCUGUUUUGCCUCCUCACGCGUCUCCUCCCCAACACACAGGUGGUUCAAACUGCCCGAUAUGCAAGAGAAGAGGAACGCCACGGCGGCUGCCUGCCUGCCCGGCGACAGUCGAAUCUUCGUUUUUGGCGGCUCGAAUGGCUCCUCCACGCUGGCUUCUGUGGAGUUCUGCCAGCUGCGAGCAGACUGGCGAGAGAGAUCGACCUCGUCAGACUUUUGGCAGCCAGCCGCACCCAUGAGAACUGCACGAUGCCAGCUGGCAGCGACACACUUUCGGGGGAAAAUCAUUGUCGCCGGGGGAUAUGAUGGUGGAAAGAUCUUAAACGUGGUGGAGAUGUUCACACCGCCAGAUGCCAGGUGUCCCCAGGGCCAGUGGACAGACUUGGCCGGCAUGAAGGAAUCCUGCGCGUUUUUCGCUCUUCUCACCUCCACCGACGACGCCAUCUUUGCUCUCGGUAAUGAUGCCUCCUCCUUCUUUGCUCUACACUGACUGCAUUCCUUCUCCACUCUCUCCUCUCUCUUUCAUGCCAUUUCAUGUCCUUUUCUGCGUAAUCCCUUUUUCUGAGGAAGAUUAAGACAGUCCGUCUGAUGGCAGGCAUGUGAAAAUGUGACGUCGCAUGCCGUUUCGUAAACACAACGUGGUUAGAGCCGAUGGUAGUCCGUUUGUAGUGCAAAUCGUUUGCUUAUUAAAGUAGAUCUUUUUACGAGAAUUAUGCAGCCGACUGGUUAAAGCGUCUUCAGUUGAUACUGCGUUCAAAGCUUACUUUGUCUACUCAGAGUUUUAUUAAAAUAAUUUUUUGUCUAGCGGUUUUGUGCAAAUUGUAUGCUAAUUUUGUCUAUUUUGAUAUUUAUGAAGAUAGAAUUUCACUGGAAUUAUUCACAAUUUGCAGGCUGCUGGUUUGGAUCAGGAAACACGGUGGAGACUUUCACAGCACCAGGCGGGCCAGCUGAUGUCAGCAACGACUUGACAGCUUGGAGCUGGUCGUCGAAGAAACCACUGGAGACGCUCGCAAAGAUCGCUGGCGCUGCAAGCAUUCGCAUGUAA